AUGAUGAAGCUGCUCCUCGUGGCACUGGCCCUUCCAGCCCUUGCGCUGGCCGCGGAUACCAAAUGCAACAUGGCUUCCGAGUCCCUCUACCCGCCCAAGCCUGAGACGGCCCUGCCUUGGCAUGAUAUCAACCUCGACCUUCCCGCUCAGGAGCGCUGGGUCAACGUGACCAAGCCCUUGGCCCCCCAGAUCUCGGACAUGGUGUACCAGGUGAUUGAUCUCCUGCCCUCGUACCUGCGCGAAAAGGUCAUGGCCGCGCUUGACCAGGGUGCCGACAAGAUUCUGGACGCCUUCCCCGAAGACUUUGGAGAUGAGAUCCGCGGCAUCGCCAACGCCACCGGCAUUGACGUGGGUGCUCUGAUUGUUUACAACAUUGCCUAUGAAAUUGAGGGUGGUUGUACCUCCUUGGUGGCCCGCGAUGGUCAAAACCGCACCUUCCAUGCCCGCAACCUCGACUUUGGCCUCUUCUUUGGCUGGGACAAGGCCAACGAGACUUGGGCCCUCACUGAAAAGCUCCGCCCCCUCCUCUUCAACGCUCGCAUCUGGAAGGGUGGCAAGGUCAUGUACAACGCCACCUACUUUGCUGGCUACGUCGGCCUUCUCACAGGCAUGAAGACGGGUGGUUUCAGCAUCACCGUUGAUACCCGCUACGACAACACCUUUUGGAAGGGUCUCAUCGAGUUUUUCGAGGGUGAUACCUCGGGCCAUUUCGUUGGCUUUACUACCCGUCAAGUCAUGGAAUCCCAGGCCACGUAUGCCGAGGCCCUCCAAGCCCUCCAAAGCUACAAGAUGGUUGGCCCAUCAUACAUGAUUCUCGGCGGCGUGCAGCCCAACGAGGGUGCCAUCAUCACGCGCUCCAUGAACGAGUCGUUGCACCUUUGGACCCUCGAAAACGAUGCUCACAACACCGGCUUUUAUGUCAUCGAGACCAACUACGACAACUGGGUGGACCCCCCCUUCUAUGACAACCGCCGUGGCCCCGCCGAAACCUGCCUGCAGCAGAUUGGUACUGAUAACGUCGAGUUUGAUUCGCUCUUCAACAUGCUCAGCGCCCAGCCCAACCUCAACCUGCUCACCACCUACACCACCCUCAUGAACGUGGCUGAGGGUCGCUUCGAGGCCUACCACCAAAAGUGCACCACCCACCCCUGCACCCCCUGGUAA